GAACAUCAGUGCUAGCGCUUGGCAAGCGCUGCUCUUCUCCAUGUCCCAGAAGAGACCAGUUAAGCAGAAGCAAAAGCAGUUUCUCAACAGGGCAGGCUGCUUUCUUGGUAGCAGGAGAUACUGAAGAGACACGAUGAGAAGAGGAAACAAGAAAGCUACAGGAGGUGGUUGGGAGGUGUUGUCUUUAUGGUUGCUUGUAUUCUGACCAUCCCUUGCACUGUAAUCUCCAGGAACCUGAGCUAUGAGGAGGAUCUGGAGAGCAGGGACCAGCAACAGGACCAAGAAGAAGGAACUGAACAAGAGACCAAGUGAUGACCCAGUGCUGGAUUAUGGAGGGGAACUUGGCAUACCUGCUGGGCUCUGAGGACACGUCGGUGGGUUACAUGGCCCCAACAUCUAACUCCUCUGCAGCCUACGAAUACAACUUCUACUACCCAGAACUGGACAUCCACUGUGAUCUUGACAAUAUCCCAGCAUUUUCAUCUGCCUUUUUUCCGGUGCUGUACUCCCUCCUGUUUGUGACUGGCCUCGUGGGAAAUGCUUUGGUCCUUUGGAUCCUAACAGUGUUCAAGAAAGUCAGGGCCAUGACUGAUGUGUAUCUGCUGAACCUCGCCAUCUCCGACCUCCUCUUUGUUUUCUCCCUGCCCUUCUUGGUUCAGUACUCCAUCACAACUCAGUGGACUUUUGGUAAUGCAAUGUGUAAAAUCAUCAGCUCAGCUUACUUCAUUGCCUUCUACAGCAGUGCCUUCUUCAUUACCAUCAUGAGCGUCGACAGGUACUUGGCCAUUGUCCAGUCUGUCUACGCUCUACGGGUUCGGACAACUGCUCAUGGGGCUAUCACCAGCCUGGUCCUUUGGGCAGUUGCCAUUUUAGCAUCAGCACCAGACAUGAUAUUUUUCCAGGAGACAACUUACAAUAACCAGACUAAGUGCCUGCCUCACUAUCCUGACAGCAGCAAUGGCUGGAGGACUUUCAGUAACUUUGAAGUCAAUGUCCUGGGGUGGCUGAUCCCUGUUGGUGUGCUCAUCUUCUGCUACCACAGCAUCUUGAAAAACCUGCAGAAGUGCCAUACUCAGAACAAGUACAGAGCAAUUAAACUGGUUUUUACUGUUGUCAUCGUGUUCAUCCUCUUCUGGACCCCCAUCAACAUUGUGCUUUUCAUGGACUCUCUAAAGAACAUGCACAUCAUCGAUGACUGCCAGACAAGCCAAAGGUUAGACCUAGCCAUGGAGCUGGCUGAGGCGCUCUCCUUUGUACACUGCUGCCUCAAUCCAGUCAUCUACGCCUUUGUGGGUGAGAAGUUCAAGAAGCACCUCCAUGAAGCCUUCAGGAAAUACACCCGUUUUCUGCUGUUCUGCAAAGACCACAGUGGGCACAGGCUGGACAAGCACUCGUCUCUGCAUGCAGCAUCUUCACAGUCAUCUUCUGUUGGUGCUGUCUUGUAGAGCUACAGGUGAAAACUUUCAUCCUGAACAGAUGACCUGAAGCUGAGACAUUCUCCCAGCAGGGCAUCCACAGAGAACUGAGCAACCUUUUAGAGUAGAAAAAGUGGAAGCAGCUGCUUCAGCUUGCUUUUUAACAUGGUUGCCUUUGGGGUUCUUAAUUUUUAGUGUCUUUCUUUAGCAUCUUCCUCCCGUUUCCCUGGCAUGUCCUGCCCUGCCUGCACUGUGAAAGGGAGGAUGGAAUUACCAGCAGACCUCUGCGCUCUCUGAGCAGCACGGAGAGGUGCCUUAGAAGCAUUUUCUCCUCUACCUCAGAUUCAGUACUGAAAGAAACUGGUUAUGUUUCCAAACUCAGGACACUUGGCUGCUCCUUCCUUCAUCCCAUCAGAGUGGACUGGCUUUGUAAGCAGGGUCAAGGCUCACAGCAGGAGCCCAAACCCACUCUUUGGGGAGAAAAAGUCAAUGUUUCGGGUAUCAUGCCAGGGCCUUGCUUUGUUGACAGCUCUGAAUGAGGCUUCCAGCCAAGAAAGAGCUUAGUAGGUGAGUAAUUAGAUAGGCAACAAAGAGAAAUGCUAUAUGCAUGUGUUUUGUUGUAAUCAAUGUGGAGGAGUAUCUAGGUAUGAUCCUGGCUCUCCAUCUACUACCAAGGCCUGCAGCUCCGGGGCUGGAAGGGUUUGGAAGUUGUAGCUCAGAAAUUACACUGUGGUUGUCAAGGAUAAAACCUUACGAGAAUGAAUGAGUGUCCUAAGGAUGAGUAGAGAAAUAGUUAC